AUGCCUUCCAAGGGGCUCUCACCCACAUGGAAGUCACUGGCCCCUAUACCUAUCUUCCCUCGUCAAGAGCAAACCACAGUAUUCCUUCCACCAUCUACCAUCGCAAUUCUUGGCGGCGUUAUCCCAUCCAACACGUCCUUUCCGCCGGUAGACACUUCUCCUCUAAUGCAAUUCUACUCAAUCACGAACAACACCUGGACCACAAGAGCGGGCAUGCCACGAGGCCUCAAUCACGCCAAUGCAGCCGUUGUGGACGGGAAGAUCUACGUCUUAGGCGGCCUAGCGGAGACGGGCAACGAGACAACCAGGGUAUGGGGCUCAGUAUCAGACUCAUGGGUAUACGAUCCUCUUGCAGACGCAUGGCAGACGAUUCCAGGCGUACCGACUGGUGAAGAAAGAGGUAGUGCGACCGUAGGUACCUACGAGUCCAGAAUCUAUCUCGCUGCCGGCAUGACGGAGCUAGAGCUUGUCGAACAUGGCAGUCAGCGCAGUGUCUCCGUUGUGUCUAUCUUCGAUACCAAGACCAAGACGUGGCUCGCCGUCCCAAAAGCUGCCAAGUAUAUCCCGGAAGCCCGAGAUCACGCUGGAGCCGCAGUCGUGGGCUCAAAGAUGUACGUCCUUGGCGGACGAGACAGCGGACAAGAGAAUCUUCGCGACACGGUCUUCGUUCUGGAUCUUUGUCAUCUGGAAGCCGGUUGGAAGACUAGCUCAGCACGCAUGCCAACGGCUAGGGGUGGUGUUGCGGCUGGUGUCAUCGGAAAGGACAUCUACGUCUUUGGCGGUGAGGGCAAUACGCUAUCGGAGACUGGAGUGUUCGAUCAGGUUGAGGUCUACGAUACUGUGCGAGAUCGAUGGGCGAAGGCUGGCACGAUGAAGCUUCCUAGGCAUGGAACUUAUGCUGUGGGUGUGAAAGGAAAGGUGUACAUUCCCGGAGGCGGUGUAAGCCAAAGCGGUGCGCCAGUGUCUGACUUCGACGUCUUCAUUCCUUAG